AAGUAUGAAGUUGUAUUUACUUCCUUCCCCCAAUUUUUCUCAUUCAUGUCCAUCUGAAGAAUGUAAGGUCGUUACUUUAGAACAUUUUAAAUUUUCCUAAAUAUUAUAUCAUAUAAUUCUUCCUUUUUUUAUUUCUUUUAUUUUUAUGUAUUGGAUUUGUAAUCUUUUUUCCUGCAAUGUUUAAAGUUAAGCGACACUAAAUUUUGAGCAUAAAAAUUAACAGAUUCUCCCCCCCCCAGUCUGGUUUGACAUUUCAAAAUACUAUCUUGUUAGUAUACAUUUAGUUUAAUAUGUAGUAAUAAUGCAGCAAUUAUGGUUUGUAGAGCAUAAUAAUGCAGCAAUUAUGAUUUGUGGCGCAUAGCUUAAUGCAACGCAAAUCCAGAUGAUUAGUCUGUUGUAAUAUGAACCAGUGUUUGCUGGAUACCAUUUUUUCAUCCAAGGGAGAUUUUUUUUAAAAAUUAUGAAAUAUAAAUAUGAAUAAUUUUUUGAGUUUUGUAUUUUAAAGUGCAUGCUCCAGUUAAAAAAAAAAGAUUAUACAAAGAAAGUAAAACAGACUAGGAAACAACCAUUAAUAUUUGUGUGUAUGUAUUCAUUCUUUCCCUCUAUGUAACUGAUUAUAAAUAUCAAAUUCUAAGUAUGAAAAAGUUAAAACUUAAAGAACUUGAGAGUUGUUUGCAACAAGUUGAUGUUUUUGAAAAUCCAAAACUCCUGCUUGAACAAUAUCCAACUCAGCCACAUAUUGCAGCAUGUAUGCUUUAUACCAUUCAUAAUACAUUUGAUGAUAUUGAAAACAAGAUUGUGGCAGAUCUUGGAUGUGGUUGUGGCAUACUAAGCAUUGGAAGUGCCAUGUUGGGAGCAGGAUUAUGUAUAGGAUUUGAUAUAGAUGCCAAUGCACUGGAAGUAUUUAACAGGAAUGCCGAAGAAUUUGACCUUACAAAUGUUGACAUGGUUCAGUGCAAUGUAUGUUCUUUGCCUGACAAAAUGUCUAAAACAUUUGAUACAGUUAUUAUGAAUCCUCCUUUUGGAACUAAGCACAACAAAGGCAUGGAUAUGGCUUUUCUCAAGACAGCUGUGCAAAUGGCAAGAAUAGCUGUGUAUUCCUUACACAAAACAUCAACUCGACAACAUAUUCAGAAAAAAGCAGAUGAAUGGAAUAUAGGAAUGGAAGUUGUAGCAGAACUGAGAUAUGACCUACCAGCAUCAUAUAAAUUCCACAAGAAAAAAUCAGUAAGUAUUAGGCCACUUUUAAUUAAGAGUAAGCCUAUUAUUUUUUUGCUAAAUAACAGAGUUGUACGCUAAUGAUUGUAGACAAAAAUGCUUCCGUUUUAAUGUGUCUAUAUACAUAUAACCUAGCAGCAAAAACAAAAUUGACGAUCUAAGCAAAAGGCAGAAGAAACGUACUAUUUACUUUCUAGAACCAUAGGAGUCCUUUAUCCUAGUCAACAAUAUGGAACCUAUUUUACUACAUACACCAAUUCAUUCUUCUCUUGCUCUUCAAAGGAUUGCUGAUGCAAUCAAAUGUGUGGCACCUAAUCUUUCAGUGACAGAUUGAUGUGUUGUAUGAUAGAUAAGGAAGACAUACAAGUGAGAAUUCCUACCCAGAAAAGAUUGACAUUAUCAUGAUGUUUUAUCAGAGAAAAUAAAACCAACAAUACUAACCUUGUAAAAGGAAUGCAAAGCUGGGAUGCUUAAUAACAAAUGUUAGGAGAAUCAUGCAAAUUUCCCUGUGGUAAAAUCACUGCCAAUCCAUAUGGAUGGCAGAAUUAUUAGAAGGCAGUAUUAUGUUUUAUUUGCAUAGGCAUUCACUCUUGAAAGAAUCUGGCAUUACUGAUUUAAGUUAGACUGUGCCAAACCAGUUCACAUAAAUAAAAGAGUAUAAAAUUCUGUGUUUGGGGCCAUGCAGGAUUUUAUUAUGGGUACAUAAAGUAAAAAAGAUUCUUUGGAAUGUGCAGGAAAGCAUAUUUAGCACAUGUCUAAAACUCCUUAAGUCAAAACUCACAUUUUCUUGGGAUCUUGUGCUAAGCAACUGCGUGAUCACAGGAAAACCUACAUAUUAAGCAUUUGCAGACGGGUAUAAACUGAGCAUCUGUAGAACCCCCAAAUUCAUUUUGCCUUCAAAUUGAAAGGCCUAUGCAAUCUCUCUGUUUUGCACACAUUCCAUUCUACCUGCAAUCUCAAGUAGCUAUUAACUAUUUAGCUAACAACAGUGAACAAGCAAAAAAAAAGUAUUUCUAGAGUCUUCCACAGUAGUACCAGGAAGAGUAUAAGAUAGGAAGCAUCCUAUAGCUGUUCUGUUUUAAUUUGCUUUUUGUCUAUCACAAGUAGAAUAGUUGGGAAGAAGAAGAACAGGAAUAAUAUGGAUCUAGCUAUUUGGUUAAGACAAGUUCAGCCCACAAAUCCAAGAAAAUGGAUCACAACUAUAAGCUCUCAAAUUAGCACAUUUACUUGUGAAGGGUGCACAUGUUAGAAAUUAAAACUAAAUGGGAUUUUCCGCAUGUAGAGAAGCAUAGACUCGAUGGACAACUUUUGUUCAUAAUACAAUACUAUUUUUAGAGUCUCUGAAAUAAAAGUUGUUAUGGGCAGGGUGCAUUUUAUGGUUGGCUUUACUAGAUCAAUUCCCUUGUUCCUUCAUCAUAUAAUGUAAUCUAUAUUGGAUUUUUCUAUAUGA